AGUUAUAUUUCAUGUUUGUCAAAUGGUGUAAUGGUUAUGUCUAAUCUUUUAUGUAAACAUAUUUAUGUAAACUAAAUGUAAACUGAUUUCCGCUUGAUAUUUAUUCUAUUUUAACAUGACAGCAUGUUCACAUUAAUUACACAAAAAUAAAUCAUAUAUACAUAUAUACUCAUAUAUCUACAUGCAUUCAAAUACGUUCGCAAUACGUUGAUGUGUAUACUCAUAUUUAUAAUAUAGUAUAUAAUUAAAGUUUAUAUACAAACUGAAAAUGAAGCAUAAAAAGCAUAAAGAUAAAUCUAAACAUGAAAGAAAAAAAUCGAAAAAAAAAGAUAAGAGAAAACAUAAAUCACAAAAUCAUGAUGAAUCUGAUUCAACUAAUAGUAGUAGUGAUAAUGAGCAACAAUGGGUAGAAAAGCCAGUAAGUCAAACUAAAUUACCAAAACAAAAUGUAACUGACAAAUCAAACGAAGAAGCACCUCUUAAAAGGGAAGAUUGGAUGAAUAUAAAAACUAUAUUUCCAUGUGUAUUUAAUGAAAAACCAGCUGCAUCUACUAGUAUUGGAAAAACUGAUGAUAAACCAGAUUUAGAUAAAUUAGGUCAAACUGAUAAAGAACUAAAUCCAUAUUGGAAAAAUAAUGGUAAUGGUUUACCUAAGGAAAAUUUAGUAAAAGAGGAACCCAUAAUAGAUGUAAAUUGGUUAAGAAAGAGUUUUCAACGAGCAAAAGAACAAGCUAUAAAUGAGAACAGAAGUUUAGAAGACAUUGCAGCUGAAAGAUGGGGGUCCUUAGAAACUAUACAAUCUAUGAUAUCUAAAGCAGAAGAGAUAUCAAAUAAAAAUAAAUAUGGACAUAAAGGUCACUUAUCAAAAAGGGAAACAGGUGAACAUUCCACAAUUAAAUCUAGAAGUUUGAACAAAAAUCAACAAUAUAGCAAACAUGACAAUCUUCAUUAUAAAAAACAGCAGCAGGAGUAUAAAAAACCAAUGUCUGAUGAUUGUUUUCAAAAUUCUUUAAUGUACAAAAAAAACUAUUCCAAUAAAAAAAAUUGGCAAAAGGAUAAAAUAUCAAGUAAAAAAGAAGAAAAUCAGUUGGUUUCAAGUACAUCUGAAAUGAAAAAUAUUAGUCCUAAAAAUGACAUUAACACAGUUGAUGAAGAAACCAAAGAAAUCGAACCAUUAACAGAAGCAGAAAUGAACAAAUUGGGAGCAAAAAUUGUUAAAGCAGAAAUAAUGGGUAAUAUGGAACUUGCAUUAGAAUUAAAAAACCAGUUGAAUGAAGCUAGAAAAUUAGCAAACAGUAUCCAAUCACAUAAUAAAGAAAAAAUCCAAAAUGUAAUUCUUACUCAAACUGAUGCUAAAGGUGUUACAAGACCAUUAGACCCUAGACAUGAGGCCCCAGGAUCCUCUAAAAAUGUUAAAAGAAAGAGUGCAGAAACUUAUGCUUCUGGAAAAAGAGUGCGACAUUACUUUGAUGAUGACAAGUAUUCAUUACAACAACUGUUCCAGCAAGAAAAAGGAAGAUGUACAAAUGAAGAUGAUGCAAUACUUAUGAAAGCUGCUUCCAAAAAUAUGGACAUGGAUGAAAUAUUUGAGGAACAAAUUACUCAUGUUAAAUCAGAUGCAAAACAGAAUAACAAAGAUCGUUUAGUUGCAAUUAAAGAAUAUAAACAUUUAUCAAAAAGUUUGGAUAAUUGCCGUUGGUGUAUUGAUUCAAAAUAUAUGUUGAAACAUAUGAUUAUUACAAUGGAUUCUGAAAUUUGUUUAAGUCUACCUCCAUAUACUUCUUUGACUGCUGGACACUGUAUAAUAACACCUAUUCAACACAUUGCAUGUCAGUUACAAUUAGAUGAGAAUAUUUGGGCAAAGCUAAAGGUACUCAAACAAAUUUUGUACAAAAUGUUUUCGGAUCAAAAUCAGUAUCCAAUAUUUUACGAAAUUUACAACAACCGGCAUAAGUUCUCGCAUAUGCAAUUGCAAUGUGUUCCAUUACUCAAAGAAGUUGGUGAAUUAGCACCAAUGUAUUUUAAGAAAGCUUUAUUAGAGUGUGAAACAGAAUGGUCAAUAAAUAAAAAAGUUAUUAGUCUUGAAAAUAAAGAUGUACGUCAUGCUAUCCCAAAUGGUCUAUCUUAUUUUAUGGUAGAAUUUGAGAAAAAUAAAGGAUAUGCUCAUGUUAUUGAAGAUGAACAUAUGUUCCCAAAAAAUUUUGCAGAGGAGAUUAUAGGUGGAAUGUUAGAUAUAGAUCAUGAUAUAUGGCGAAAAUUAAGAAAUGAAACUUUUGAUCAACAACGUGAAAAAGUUUUAAAAUUUUCAGAAAUGUGGAAAAACUACGAGUCUGAAAUAAAAAAAUUAUAAUCAAUACCCAAUUAUACUUAAUAAUACUUAAGUAUAAUUGAUAUCUAAACAAAUAAUUUUAAAGUACAUGUAGUAUUAGUUAUAGAAAUACAUGUACAUUUUGUAAAAACCUUUAUGAAAAAGAAAUCACAUUUUAUUAACA